UCGCCUUGAAGAGGCUGGAUCUGGAGUGCGCCGCUCGCUCGCUCGCUCGUCAGUCGCUCGCCGCUCUCUUCUGUGGAUGCAACAUCGUCCAGACACAUCAAACUAACCCAAACAAUGACAUUAUCUGCAACGACACGACAGAGACACACCAUUAUCUGACUAACUGAACCGAUCCCGCGCCUCUUUCUGCUCGCCGUUUGCCGCCUCAGUCCAGCCCUGCGCCCAGAGGCUAGUGUGGGACCAUGAUGCUCAGCAGCUCAGUGGACGUACCCAGCCCUGGCGGGAUGAGUGCGGUGGCGGCCCGGAACGUGGUUCGCAGUUCCAGCAUCAGCGGCGCCAUGUACAGCCUGGAGAAGAGCCCCAGCAGCACGGGGCCCGACGCCACAGGCCUGGCCGGAAACAAGAAGCGUCGCUCCAGCCUGGGAGCCAAGAUGGUAGCCAUCGUGGGUCUGUCACAGUGGAGCAAGAGCACACUGCAGCUCAACCAGCAAGAUGGUGGAACAAAGAAGCUGCGCAGCACCAUCCGGCGGAGCACAGAGACGGGUAUCGCAGUGGAGAUGAGGAACCGUGUCACACGGCAGGGCAGUAAGGACUCGACAGAUGGCAGCACCAACAGCAACAGCUCUGAUGGGACCUUCAUCUUCCCCACCACUCGCCUCGGCCCUGAGAACCAGUUCAGUGACUUCCUGGACGGUCUUGGUCCCGCUCAGAUAGUGGGGCGGCAGACAUUAGCCACACCGCCAAUGGGUGAUGUUUACAUCGGUGUGGUGGAUAGAGGGGGUCAGUUAGAGGUCGAGAUCACGCAGGCCCGAGGUCUGACCCCUAAACCAGGCUCAAAGAACAUUCAAGCAACAUAUGUAAAGGUUUAUGUCCUGGAGAAUGGAAUGUGUCUCGCUAAGAAGAAAACCAAAGUGGUGAAGAAAACCCUGGAUCCAACCUUCCAGCAAUCCCUGAUGUUUGACGAGAGCCCGCAGGGGAAAGUGCUGCAGGUGAUCGUGUGGGGCGAUUACGGCCGCAUGGACAGCAAGUGUUUCAUGGGAAUGGCUCAGAUCCUCCUGGAUGAUCUGGAUCUGUCGUCGAUGGUGGGCGGCUGGUACAAGCUCUUCCCCACCUCCUCUCUGGCGGACCCCAGCAUCGGCCCCCUGACGCGCCGACUCUCCCAGUCCUCGCUCGAGAGCGCCACCAGCCCCUCUUGCACCUAGAAACAUCCACGUCCCCUUCUAAAUAUGCCCGUCUUCUCUAUCUCUACGUGUGUAUCUUUGUUCAAUAUACCCCGAUACUGACCCCAAACGCAUGAACACACACCCUGAUAGAUACAGCCAACUCGCCCAGGGCAGAUAUUAAGAGUUUGGAUACAAAUCAGGCGUGACACACAUAACACACACAUACACACACACCCUUGCAGAUGGAUAUGGGUGUAACCAGCAACAUACAGUCGUAGGGUUGUGAAAAAGCAGUCACGGCUGGUUACAUACAGAUCCAUUGUCUGCAGGUCAACCAAUAGGGGCAUUUAAUAAACCCGCCGAGAAAUAUUCCUGACAAUGUAGCAUUCGUGUUGACGUCACGUCACACAGGAAGCAGAAUGGGUAGUUUCUAGUAGUUUCCAGACCCUCGAGGGUCAGUCAUUUCUCUAUGCCAAACCCGAACAAAGUUUUAUUUUUUAAAAACCAAAGCAAUUCUUAUUAUCUGUAGUGUUAUAUUAUAGAGUAUGGAUAUGUAGCAGAGUCAGUGACUUAGAUGAGAUGCAAAAAACAAAGACGUGUUAGAAAAACUCAUAAGGUGUGGUCACGUUAGCGAAAUUUUGUUGGCAAAGGAAUCCAUUUUCAGUUGUCGAUAGUGUAGCGAUGUAUUAAGUCACUUUCAUACCAAGCAACUUUUGGCGUGGCAAUUUCGCAUGACCAACUUGAAGACGAAUGAAACCUGCAUUGCGACUUUUUCGCUCCUUGCGCGAAAUGGAUUCCUAUAGAAAUGACUGGAAUACGCCUGUAAAAUUUCGGUAAAUGUGAUCGUACCUACAUUCACAAUUAAACUUUUAAAGGGCAGGGCUUUACUCCACAUGUCAGGUUAUUUAUUAGAAAUGCACACGAUUCCUGUCGCAUAAAGUAGCGUAUUCUUUUUUUCCUUUUCGGAGAGCUGAAUAAAUAAAUAUAUAGAUCGCUAUUUGUGUUUAUGUAUUUAUCGACUGCAUUCUGCACGUUAACUCGCAACCCUUGUUGAGCAAAAUAUGUAAAGUGCUAUUUUAAGCUUGCCUUUAAAAUGACGUAGACUUAUAGACGGUAGGUUAUUUAUUUUGCUAAUGUUUCAAUCUCACUUUUUGUCUGAACAACACCAUCUGCACCGAGCUGCAGACGUAGUCGAGGGAAUCGAACCCUCCCUCCUGUUAAACCAGCAACCCUCAUACAAAGCUGCAUUGUGGGAUAUGCCGAACAGUGUCCGCUGGCAAGCAAGAAAACUUUUCUUGUAGCAAGUAGCGAAGCUUUCUGGGAAGUUGGAGCCGCAUUAGACAUUACCGACUCAAGUAGUUUUGGGUUUCUUUCUACCAGCAUUUGGAACUGUUAAAGGCCUUUCCCAUUUCCUGUUACUCUCAGGAGGUCAUGCUGAACAAAAAAACACACACACACGCAACAAUAUGAGGACUGGUGAUGGGGUCGCGCUCUCUCGACAGGAUCUUGAAGCCCAAAACAAAUGGUAUUCUGUAAACUCCUGGACACUUUUUUUUUUGGUCUUUCGAACCAUUGUGACUAUUCCUGUCCAAUCAGCAGUCUUCUUUAGCUUCGUCUCUGAAGCUGAGUGGCUCUAGACGGUUUCUUCAGUCGAUCUUCGGUGUUAUGGAGACUUGUGGAAGGAAAGCAGCACUGUAGGUAAAAAACGAAAUACUCUUGUCAGCUUCCUAGAUUUGUUUUCAUAGCUUCUCUAAAUAUAUCAAUAUACAUAUCAUAGUAUCUGUGUACCAGUUUAUUCAUGUCAAAUCAGUCACAUCUUCUGCAGAGGUGAUGGCAUUUGUGACACUAUCAGUAAGAACCAGAACAUUAUUCAUUUCUAAAUUCCCAUAUGGAUCAUUUGCCAAAUCAUUAAAGACGUUUGUAUAAUUCAAUCUGUUUAAACUCUCUUUGAUGAAGCACACAAACUCUAUUGUAGAUGGAUCUGCUUUUAAAGGCGGAUUAUGAGACCGUCAGCAAACCGUUUAAUCCGAUUUAUAGAUGAAAGAUGUUCAUAAGAAAGUGUGCCUCACAUUCCAUACUUUCAAAAUCUCUUGUUUUUAUCCUAGGCCAUUCCAUCAAUGCACUUUACAGUACAUGCACACGUUUCAAUGCAUUUGGUAAGAUGUAGAUACUAUAAAACACUUAAUUUUCGUAAUGAAUGGUCAUGUUCAUAUAGAGAUUUAUCUUUAAAUCCUGAGAAACGUUUAGUCGUUGAUUGUGUCUUUAUUCAUCUUUUCUCUGUUCAUUUAGAUGUUUUGCUUCACAAAGAAUCUUUAAGGACAAUUUCAAGUU